AUGGAGCACCUCGCGCGCGACCUGGCUCCUCUGACUCGGGUGUACCACCUCAUGGCCAAAGGGAUGUCCUUCAAGGUCACGGUCACGCUCCGUGCAAGAAGGGUAGAGAAGUGGAUCAAGUACGUGAAGAGGGACUAUCUCGACAACAUGACAAUCAAGUGCAUUUGUCGCGCCGAUGAAGUGUCACAGGCUCUCAAGGAGUUCUUGCAGGACGGCUUCAUCAGAUUCCGCGGCGCGGCUAUCGGCAAGGAUGUGGAGAUGCUAAAUACUCUGAAUCCCACAAUUAAUCACAUUCCGAGUCUAUAUGAUCUGGCGAAUUCUCUGAUUGUGACAAAUCUUGAGAAGAAGAAGAGGAAGAAGUACAAGAAGAAGGACGCCACGCAAGAAAAAGAAGACGAUGAACUCAUAUUUGGGUGGGCCAAUGUUCCACCGAGCUUCGAGCAAGUGCGCUAUGCCGCGCUGGACACUCGUCUGGGCUUCAAGAUGGCUAGGAGUUAUUGGCGGCUAGCUGGCUACAAUAGUCAUGUUGGUCGUCUCAAUAUUUAA